CUGGGUUACACGAAGCCCACCGAAUUUGAAACCGAAAACAUUAGCUUAGCUCAGUUUAGCUUAGCGGGCCAAUCAUUAACAUGAUGUCUGUCAAAUCUAUCAAUCUAGCACAAUAAUCCACUAAAACAUGGGGACGUUAGCUGCUGUGUUAACCGUUUUAACUCUUUUGUGUGCUUCAUGGCAAAGUGCAGAGGGAAACAAAGGAUAUUCAUACGCCGAUUGCACCUAUGUGAAAGGAGACAGUACCCAUGAGUAUUAUGGGAGUCGAUGCUUCUGUUACAGCCCUGGUACAGUAAUCAAAUGGAAGGACAUCUGGUCCACCUUCAAGGUAAAUGUGUCAAGUGAUGAGGACGUCUUUGUCAUGUUUCCGAUGGAAACCACAAAAUGCCAUCAUCCGGAUGAUCUUCUCACUGUUACUAACUGCUUUGUUGAACACUACUGGCCAUCCACUAUCCGAAGGGAGAAGUCUUUGGACAUUCCUCUGGUUGAUGAAGAUGUCUGCUUCAUGACUAAAUCGCCUAGAAGCAAUACUGAGUAUACACUACACGUCUCCAACAAAAGGUUAAAUAGUAUGUGCUUCCUGCUUUUUGUGUGUGGGCUGGUGCUGUUUGUCAGAGCGGGAAAAAUAUGCAGGAGCUCACUGUUUUUCUACACCACUGGAGUGACUUUGGGAGUCAUCGGCACAUUUGUUUUCCUAAUGCUUGUCCUCAGAAACCUUGUACCAACGCGAGGUCUGUUCUUGGUGUUGUUGGGCACUGCCUCUGGUGUGUCCUACAUAGGGAUCCAGAGGGUGAUAAAUGAAUGGGAUGACAUCGGGACUGAGCACUGCAUGGAAUUACUGGUUUAUGUGCUCAUAUCUGGGUUAUUUAGCUUUGCUAUAUGCUAUAAACACGGCCCCAUCACCAACAAACACACCCUCAACUUUAUGACCUGUUGUAUGCAAGCAGUGAGCGUGGUUUUGCUGUACUAUGGGAUCACAUUCCCCCCUGCCUGCUACGUAUUGAUCAUUGCACUGUUGUGCUGGAAGUUUCUGCCCUUGGCCUGGAGCCUACUGCACUUGGUCUGGAGACUUCUGCUGUGGAUUUGCAGUGUCAUUUACUCAUUCCUGCGCUUAUUCUGGAGGAAGAAACGACCCAAGGUCAGGCUACUGACUGAGGAGGAGUACAGAGAGCAGGGAGAGGUCCACACCAGAGCCUCCCUGGAAGAAUUACGGAAGCAGUGUAACAAGCCUGGUUUUCCUGCAUGGGACACUGUGUUGAGGCUCAGAUCACCGCAAAAGUUUGCAGAGUUUCUGCGCAAUGGCAAUCACGUCACUAAAGAGGAGCUUCAGAAUCAUGAGAAUCAGUACAAAAACAUGCUCUUUAACUGCAGCUCCAGUGACACCCAGUCGCACAGAGUAGAAGCAGAGGACAAGAGCGAAGAUGAGCUGGAUUUAAACAGUCCCCCAACCCCAAAUAACGUCCCCAGUCCAGCUGUAUAUACUCCAGCUGUCUGCCCGUAUCCCCCUGUCAACUACACCCCUCAGCCAGAACCCAUGGAUUCAGAAGACCAGGAUUUCUUUUAAAAUCAUCCUUUUAUCUGUAGGAGGACUGAUUUUAUGUUCAUUUUAAACAUACUUUUUUUAAACGCAAAACAUUUUUAUAAGAAAUCAUGACUCUAAGGAACAUUUUAGUAGGUCCAUAAGAAUUGUAAAAAUAAUCUUUCUUUCUCGUUUGCGUUUAAAUGAUCUCUUUCAAACAGAG